AGUUUAUAGGUAGAUUUUGUGUCGAAUCGUUCGUUACAACCGGGUCGUAGUAAAAAUGGAAUAAAAAUUUGACUGGAUUUUCAAACCGUUAAAAUGGCAAGACAUCAAUUUCAAAAAGUCCAUACAUCCGAUCCGGAAGACAAUCAACCGGUUGUGAAUGGAGAAGGUGAAGCAACUCGUCAAAGAAUAAAUAUAGAAAGACGGAGGAUACCAUUGUCGCAGCGGUUAUGCACAUUUAUUGUCGUCUACUGGAGAUCGAUUACUGUAUUUUUAGCACCAAUUCUUUUACUACCAGUCAUAUUACAUAAUGAUAUUCAGCAAUUCAGAUGUAUGUACGUUGUACUGCUGAUGACAGUGUACUGGGUUACAGAAGCACUACCUCUACCAAUCACAUCUAUGAUACCGAUUGUCCUAUUUCCUUGUUUAGGCAUUUUAGACACUGAAACAACAUGCAUGAUGUACAUGAAAGAGACAAUGCUGAUGUUUAUCGGUGGUUUGGUUAUCGCACUGGCGGUUGAAUUUUGUAAUUUACAUAAACGAACGGCCUUAAAAGUCAUAUCCAUUAUUGGGUGCAGUCAGAGGAGACUGAACUUCGGACUUAUCACUGUAACCAUGUUCGUCUCCAUGUGGAUUUCAAACACAGCUGCUGUGGCUAUGAUGUGUCCCAUUAUGCAAGCCGUAUUGGAAGAACUACAAUCGCAAGGAUUGUGUCGAAUGUACGAAGAAGAUGAACAGGGAACCGAAGAAGAGGGUAUGCUGAAGCAGAAACAAAGUGACGAACCACCACGCCCGACGAAAGUGACAAUUUGCUAUUUCAUGGGUGCGGCCUACGCUUCGACACUUGGCGGUUGUGGUACAAUUGUCGGUUCGGGAACCAAUUUGACGUUCAAAGGAAUCUAUGAGCAAUACUUUCCAAACAGUCCCGGUUUGGACUUCCCGAAAUGGAUGUUCUACAAUAUUCCCGGUAUGUUAGUCUACACAUUCCUAACAUGGGUAUAUUUGCAAUGGCUGUACAUGGGUAUGUUCAGACCGAACAGCAAGGAAGCCAAAGAAUCACAAUUGAGUCCGGAAGGUGAACGAGUUGCCAGAUCGGUUAUUGAAGGCAAAUACAAGGAAUUGGGUCCGAUAACAGCGCACGAAAAAUGGGUCGCAUUUUUCUUCAUCUUGUCGGUUAUAUUGUUCUUUACACGAGCUCCAGGCUUUAUGACCGGAUGGGCCGAACUUUUGACCAAGACCAAAAUCAAGGACGGUACUCCAGCUAUUUUCAUCGUUAUUGCAUUGUUCAUGAUCCCCGCCAAUUGGGGAUGUUUGAAUUACUUCAGCGGCAAACCUUCGACAUUGCCAAAAGCACCAUCACAGGGUCUUAUCACAUGGAAAUAUAUCAAUUCAAAAGUGCCAUGGAGUUUGAUUUUCCUGCUGGGCGGUGGUUUUGCAUUGGCCGAAGGUGGUAAAAAAUCUGGCAUGUCGGCUAUGCUGGGAAAUUCAUUGAUUCCACUGAAAGACUUACCUCCAUUGCUAUUGCUGUUCAUCGUUUGCUUCACCGCACAAUUACUAACAGAAUUCACAUCGAAUGUAGCCAUUGCAAACAUUAUACUGCCGGUACUGGCUGAGAUGUCUGUUGCAAUCGAAAUGCAUCCACUGUUUCUGAUGUUCCCAGCGGCUCUGUCUUGCUGUAUGGCAUUCCAUAUGCCCGUCGGAACACCGCCGAAUGCUAUAGUCGCUGGUGUGUCGCACAUUCGUACGAAAGACAUGUGCAUCGCAGGAAUUGGCCCGACCAUUUUUACAUUGAUUGUUGUUUGGGUCACGUUCCCGACUUGGGGCGCCGUUGUGUAUCCGGAUUUGAAUACGUUCCCGGACUGGGCGAGAGAUAUCAAAACGGUGACGACCACUGUUGCACCGAUUGUCAAUGCAACGAUUGCAGCGUUGAGACCGUAAAAUGGAACUGGCUUGAUGUUGGUUACCGUUUUUUUUUUUGCGGAAAGUGCCCGUCAAUUUUUACACUCAAUCGUCGUUUUAUUCGAGCCAAAAUCGUUAAAUUUUUCUGUUUUGAAGAUUUUUUUAAUUUUUUUUUUUGUUGUUAUUGAAAAAAGUGGCCGAUUAAGCCGAAACGGACACGCAAAAAGUGGCUGCAAAUAAUUUUUUUUUUCACAAAUCAAGUUAGCAAUAAGAAACUUUUUAUUUUAGUUGAAGAGAUACGAAGAGAAAUGAAAAAAAAAUUAUUUUCUGAACAAAAAAAAUUAAUUUAUUUUGAACGUUCAAUCUAGUGCAAUGUCUUUGAAGACACAAACUUUUUUAAUUUGUUUUUAAUUUAAUUUCAAUAGGAAGCUUCCAGAAUUUCAUAGUUUCUUGUUAUACACAUACAGUGACUGUCGGAUACAAUAUAGGAAUUAGUUCGGUUUUCGCAAUGAUGGUUGGGAAGAAAUUCAGUGGAAAAGUAAUUGAAGAUCAGAAGGGAUGAGCAAUUUUAUUUAGAAAACCUGUCGAAUAUUUUGGCAUAUUAGCACAAAAAGGAAUGAGCUACAUUUACCCAACUAGCGACUAUGAAUCGAGAUCUCAAGUAAGUUUCAAUAUGUGAAAUGUAUUAGCCCGAGACGAAGCAAAAGCGUCAAAAGUUACUCAACAACAUGACUUUAAACUGUACUCUCGAGUUGCUCUACUUUAUUCGCGGUAAAACACCACAGCAACGAAAAUGAAAAUCAACGCCCACCACAGUAAUCGAUAAUUAACUCUUUCAUGAAAAUUAGCGCUGAUAAACUGAACAACAACGAGAGUGAAGAGAGAGAGAGAUAGAGAGAGAGAGGAAAAUUUUGUGUGUACGAAAAACCAGUCUAUGUAAAAUUUGUCUAAGAGCCUGGACGACCAGGUUAUUUUUUCGAGUGUGAGGCCAUCGUUGAUUUCCUUGGUACCAGUAAUUCUGAUGAAAUUUUGUACACAUUAAAUGACUCAGACUAACACUUCGGGAAAAGCUCCAUCUCUAGCCAAACAGACUUAAAUAAAUCAACGACAAGCACAGAAAAAUUGACAAAUCAAGUGAGCCAGGUUUUGUCGGUACAUUUUGGAUUAAACGAACGCACUUCAAGCAAAGGUGCUGCCAAAUGAGUACUACUUUGUAUGCAAAAUGUUUCCAGAUUCUUUUACAGUGCCAAAAUUUGUUUGAUACACUGUUCAGUUUCAGUACUCUCUUAAGAGUACAACUCAUGCUUGAAGUGCGUUGAUUAAACUAAUACAAAAUGUGCGCUGUGAGGUUACUCAGCUCUCAUUCAUUAGAAACGGCUUUUGGUGGUAACUCAUCGAGUAUUAGAAUGAUAGCAUCGCAGUGCCAUUUCAACCCAAAAUUCUGUCUCUGUUUUUCGAGAAUAGAAUGCUUAAAAUGCGCCCUUUUUUAGGAACUUGUGUUUGGUCUCGUGUAAUUGCAGCACUUGCCUUCGGCUCGGGUUGCAACUCUCUAACCUGGCAAAAUAAGAAAUUCCAAAGAAUGUAAGGAAGCAAGUUAUUUUACUCACUUAGACCUGGAGAAGAGUGCUAGUGAAGUAAUGACUCCGUUUUCCGGCGGAGUAGUGAGUAAAUUUACUUUUCAAAAUGCAGGCUAGAAAAGAGUCUUUUUCUAACCUGAGCUGAACUACGGGAAAAAGUAGGAAAUUUGAUUUUAUCUGGUGACUUGUGACUACACCAUAGAAAUGAGCGUCAAAGCUCAUUUUCCGGGGACUUACUGAGUAAAAUAACUUACGUAAUUGUUUGGUACUUUGUAUUUUGACUUGUGUGGUUGCAUCGCCUCCGGCUCGAGCUGCAAAAGCCACAUUCAGCAACAUAAAAAAAAGUUGGAAAACAUAAUCUGCUUAUAAUCUUUAAGGGCUUCGAAGAUAAAUUCUCAACUCUUUAUCCAAUCUAUUCCGUUGGAAGUUGGAAUUGCUAGCAAAAUGUUCGCAGUCACUAAGAAUUGUCUACAAAAGAUAUUGUCUGAAUAUCGGUGUUACCUGUAAAUGUCUAGAACCUGGAUCGACUUUCAACUAUCCGUAUAAAUAAUAAUAUUAGCUCAUUCAGCCAUCCUUUGUUCGAAUUUGAACUUACCGUAGGGAAAUUUAUAUGUAAAGUGAAUUUAUAGAAAA